AUGUUAAAUUUGGUUUACGAUUGUGAGGAAGUGUAUAGCUAUGAAAAUAAAGAAAUAAUAGAAAAAGUUUUAAAGUUUGACUCAAUAGGAGAAGUUAAUUUAGAUGAAAAAAAUAAAUCAAUCACAUAUAAAAUAAAUCGCAGAUAAUGUAUUCGAUUAAGAGAUUUGAUAUUUUGGAUUGAAUCAGACUUUGUACGUAUUCAUUUAGGAUAAUUGCUGCAUCUAAUCAUACUAUUAUUACAAUAAGUACGUUUAAUUGAAUCUCUAGGAAUUGAACAUGAUUAUCUUGAUUUAACUAGAAUUUGGCUUCAUUUAAGUAAUAAUAGUGAGCAUCCAAGUCUUAUUUAUCAAGCUUUGUAUUAUUCAAUUCAUUUUACAGGAUAUUAAUGUACAUUUUAUCAAAAGCAAUAUUCUUCAUAAAAUGCAUCUAUUAAUGUCAAAGAAAUAAUAUAAAUUAUCUUUAAUCGCUGUUUUUAUAAAAUUCAUUUAAAAUUUAAUAAUGUAGACAAAAGGAAUGAAAUAUAUAAUUCAAUAGUAAAACCAAUAAUGGAUUUAUGUAAGUCCAAUUCAAAUAAUAUUGAAAUCAUUACUUGUAUUUAAGAUAAAAUGAAGAAAUACAAUUAUUAAGAUGAUCUAAAGAAAAACCUCAUUUAAUGUUUGGAUAUAGAUGAUUAAUGUAAUGAUUAUGUUGGAUCUAACAGGCAAAAAUCUAUUCAAAAGGUUAAUGAAGAUUUAACACGAAUCGUAUCAUUUGGAAGUUAAUAUGGUUAAGUUACUAUUGAAUAUUUGUUAUCAGAAGCAAUUCCGAUGAUGAGUUAAUACUUUGGAAAACAAUUCAAAACUUUAGUUUGA